CCAGUUUAUUGCUGGCAUAAUUCUCCUAACCUUUUGGUAUUCCUCCGAGAUCUUCCCCCAUGCACCACACAGAUUGUAAGCAGACAAAACACUCACUCCUUCCAGCUCCGUCCUGACACUCAGAUGGUAUAGCAUGGAUGUUAUCCUCCUCCCAGAUAACCAGGCGGCAGACUCAACCCCUGCUAUCAUGCUUGGUUUUGUUCCACCUUUAACCAAAAGCUCAGCGUUAAGCCAGCGUGUGUCGAGCCGCUGUUUGUCCACUGAUACAGCAGCCAGACAGCCACAGAUAGUGGCAGUUAAACAUGUUCCUGCGUGAGCCUUGGCCCUGACUCAUCUGAGUGAACUUUGACGAUCUCGUGGGGACGACGCUGAAUAAUGAAAUGAGACGCGGGCGCUGUCUCUGACAUCACAUUGUUUUGAAGAGUUUGUAUCCCAGGCACGCUCCAUUUGAUGCUAUCAGCCUCUGAAUGAUAUUUUGUUCAUUAGACGGUGUGCAAUAAGAGACCAGUGUUGACACAAUGUGCGUUAAUGUGUUUAGUGUCUCUAAUGGAUCAUAGAGGUUCUAAUGAAACAUUGUCAUGGGAAGAUUUAUGUUGCAAGCUGCUGAGUUCUCAUUUCCAUUUCAGACGUGGUUAGAGGAACCUUUAUUCAAUGAACAAUAUAUUACAGAAGACAUCUAAUGAAUAAAGAUAUGUUGCGUGAAACACAGGUGUAAAUAAAUAAUCACAAUUCAUCUUGCAAUCAUAUCGUUAAUAUGAAACUCUUUGCUUUUGGAAAUAAGACAACACAAUGCUGCUUAGGUGAUGCAAUUAUCAAACAUCUUGGUAGAAUUUGAAACUAGCCACUAAAUUUAAUAAUUGUAUUUUUUUUUUUGAGGGGGUGCGUACAAUUUCUUCCUUAAUUUUUUAACUAUUACAUUUCGAAUAUGAAACUGAAGCUGUGUGAUGUUUGUCUUGUAGAUGCUGCGAGUGCCAGCCUAUUCAUGGAAAUGCCAACUGCAUGGUGGUUAUUGGCCAGGGCUGGAUUGCACUAAAACCAGAAUAUUGUAUCAGAGAGAGGCAGCUGGUUAGGAGUCAGAACAGAUUAUCAUAUGAGAGAGGAUGAGCGAGGAAGGAGAGGGGGAGGAUAGAGAGAGAGUCGGGGAGGAAAAGAGAGGGGGAGAGAAAGAGAGGUAGGGACUGGAAUGGUAAGCAGGGGCCGAGAGAGAGGGAGCGAGAGAGAGACAGAGAGGGAAGAAGGAUAGCAAGAAACUCAUCGCCCGGUCGCAGUGGGGUGGCGGGGAUCAUCUGAACCCUUCCGUCACUAUCUCCCCUUCUUCACCUGUCAAAAAGAGUGUGUGAGAGCCGUAGGAGAGCGAUAGGGAGAGAGAGAGUGAGUUUUGAGCAUGCAGGUCCUCUGAGAGGUCAGGGGAAGAAGCUGAGGCUCGACUCAUCUUCUCUCCGUGUAGGGCCCACCGCUGCUUGCAGACAUCUGGCCUCACACUGAUCACUCAUAUCUACAGACAGGGAGGAGGAGGAGGAGGAGGAGGAGAGGGGAGCGCUCCGAUCUUUGAGCCACAGAAAGACUACACAUCCCCUCUUAUCCAUCCUCUCCAUUUUUUCUCCCUCCCUCUCUUGUUUCCCCUGCCCUCUUUCUCCUUCACCCCUUUCUCAACCCCGUCUAGCCUUUAAGCCCCCUCUUUGACUCUUCUUCCUUCAUCCUUGACAUCGCACCAUUUAUUAAAAGCAGAAAACCAAAAAGAGAGGAAGGAGCAGAACAAGAGUGUGGUGUCUGCCAGAACUGGUUCCGUCUUUAUCCUUGUACUUACAAGAGAAGAUAAGGCACAGAAGAUAGUGAGAGUGUGCUGUGUCUAGCAAGCCGGCAUACAAGGCUCUGACUGCAAUCAGUGGGAAGAGGGCCAGCUUCCCUGCCUGAGCUCUCAGCGCCCCUACUGGCUGCACGCUGUGCCAAUCAAAGGCAAGUGGGUGGGGAGCAGCCAGACAUGAGCACUGAUGUCACAGUCACAUGGAUUCUGGUGUGGUCAUGCUCGGAGGCUGAGAGACAGAGCUGUGCUGGCCAGCUGCUGCUGAGACAGCAGUGGAAGGCUUUGCGCUGGUGAUAGUUCUUCUCUUAUGGACUCGAAGCUUAAUGAUGUAUUUUGUGAUUUCAGCUAUGAAAGCUCAAAUCGAAAUAAUUCCCUGCAAGAUCUGUGGAGACAAAUCAUCAGGCAUCCAUUACGGCGUGAUAACAUGUGAAGGCUGUAAGGGCUUCUUCAGGAGGAGUCAGCAGAGCAAUGCAGCGUACUCAUGCCCCCGUCAGAAGAACUGCCUGAUCGACCGCACCAGCCGCAACCGCUGCCAGCACUGCCGGCUGCAGAAGUGCCUGGCAGUGGGCAUGUCCAGAGAUGCGGUGAAGUUCGGCCGCAUGUCAAAGAAGCAGCGGGACAGCCUGUACGCUGAGGUCCAGAAGCACCGGCUGCAGCAGCAGCAGCGCGACCACCAACAACAGCCGGGUGAGGCGGAGCCACUCACACCCAGCUAUGGCCUCUCAGCCAAUGGCCUCACGGAGCUCCAUGACGACCUCAGCGGCUACAUGGACGGUCACACCCCCGACGGCAGCAAACCAGACUCGGCGGUCAGCAGCUUCUAUCUAGACAUCCAGCCAUCUCCUGACCAGUCAGGCCUGGACAUCAACGGCAUCAAACCAGAGCCCAUCUGCGACUUUGCCCCUGGCUCUGGCUUCUUCCCUUACUGCUCCUUCACCAACGGAGAAACCUCCCCCACCGUGUCCAUGGCUGAACUAGAGCAUCUGGCCCAGAACAUCUCUAAGUCACACAUGGAGACAUGUCAGUACCUGAGGGAGGAGUUACAGCAGAUGACCUGGCAGGCCUUCCUGCAGGAGGAGGUGGAGAGCUACCAGAACAAGCCCCGGGAAGUCAUGUGGCAGCUGUGUGCUAUCAAAAUAACAGAGGCCAUUCAGUAUGUGGUGGAGUUUGCCAAGCGCAUCGACGGCUUCAUGGAGCUCUGUCAGAAUGAUCAGAUAGUGCUGCUGAAAGCAGGCUCUUUGGAAGUCGUGUUUGUCAGAAUGUGCCGUGCCUUUGACUCGCAAAACAACACAGUCUAUUUUGAUGGAAAGUAUGCCGGACCUGAUGUGUUCAAGUCAUUAGGCUGUGACGACUUGAUCAGCUCCGUCUUCGAGUUUGGGAAAAACUUGUGUUCUAUGCACCUGUCUGAGGAUGAGAUCGCCCUGUUCUCCGCCUUUGUGUUGAUGUCUGCUGACCGGUCUUGGCUCCAGGAGAAGGUGAAGGUGGAAAAACUCCAGCAGAAGAUCCAGCUGGCUCUCCAGCAUGUCUUGCAGAAGAACCACAGAGAGGAUGGUAUACUUACAAAGUUGAUAUGCAAAGUGUCGACACUGCGAGCGCUGUGCAGUAGGCAUACAGAGAAGCUCACAGCUUUCAAAGCAAUAUACCCAGACAUUGUGCGUGCCCACUUCCCCCCCUUAUACAAGGAGCUGUUCGGAUCAGACUUUGAGCAGUCCAUGCCCGUUGACGGGUAGCAGCCCUGCCAGGUGCCAGUGUGCCCACCGUAGGGGAAUGUGGAGGAGGAAUCUGAGACACUUUAUUGGUGCCCUGCACAAACCAGAGCGGACAGAUGGCACGCUGUUCAACUUCUUCUUUUACACCGGACGGGAGGGCUUAGGGAGUUGAUUCUCAAGGUUUACUUUAUUGAAUUUAGUUCUCUGUCUGGAAGACUUGUGAGACCCGACAGCACGUGGGACAUGAAGAGGAGAUGGGGACAAAUCAAUUCUGUCUGGCUGAACUUAACCCUUUUAUUGCACAUUUCAAAAUUUAAGCCAGUGGAUAUUUUAUUCUUUUUUUUUUUUAUUGUCAACAGUAUUUAUUGCAUCCCCCUGGUUUUGAUUUGUCCAUACAUCCGACUCACAAUUGAAUACACAAAAGCACAAGUCAGUUUUGGAUAGUACUAAUAACCCUACCAAUUCAGAUUGAACAUUUUUGUAUUCCAAACGUUUGAUUGGCUUAACCCUAUCUACUACACUCUAUGCCAGAAUUAAAACAACAAACUCCUAAAGUGUGCACAUUUUGGUCAAGUUCAGCCAUGUUCUUUUCUCUUGUGUUCAGCUGUAUCUUUUUGGACAAAGUUCCUGGAAUGAAAAACUCACAGCAACUUUGAGGGAGGGGUCUGUCGGCAUGGUGAUGCAAUCGGCACCUCUCUGUGGACAAUCGUUUCAACAAAAAAAAAGUUUGAAAAAAAAAAAAGAAACCUAGAAUUCUGGUAAUUCUAAUGAAAACGCAAUGAUUUUAGCUGUCAAAGACUCCAUCCACCAUUGUUGCAUAGUGAAAUCAUGUAAGGCCAUCUGCUAUUAAUCCUUCUCUGGACAGGUGCCCUGGAGAAGCACAGGGCACCAACACAAUGAAAAGGGUCCAUUCCACCUGUUUUAUAAUGUACUACAGGGUAUAUGGUCAUAAGUACUUACUAUACAGAAAAAAAGUAAUGUUUAUAGAAUCUAUUUUAAAUAACAUGUAUGAUAUUAGUAGUUAGACCAUUCUUAAUUGUUGAAUUGAUAAGGCACUUUUAUUUACACCUUUCUUUAAUUUAAGACUUGUAUAUUUACCUAGUGAUGUGUUGCAUGUGCACAAGAAAUACAAGUUGAACCAUGGUCACAGAGGCUAGUCCCGGGAGCUGCAGAUGAAACUGGUCUGGAAGUGUAAGGGCUUUCUGUUAGGACUGCUCGCUGGUUGGUGGACAAAAGAGGCACCGAUGAGAAGGCAGGUUAGAGUCACUCUCAUCAGCUGUGUUACCCUGACAACACCUGUCAAAAUGCAGCUCUGACACUCCUUUAAGGGAGCAAGCACACACACACACACACACACACACACACACAAUAUUUCUGUUCUUUCUUGAUCAAGUCAAGGUGUUAGACGGUGACAUAUGCAAUAUUUGUGAUUGUGCUAUAAUUUUGGUUCUAAUUCAACUGUUGAAAACUUCACAUUUAAUGUAAAGAGCACAAGAAAGGACGAACAUUAUCACGGGCAGGUCUUACAAAAAGCUGGAAUAUCCCCGGGUUUAGAGCACACAUAGACUGUAAUCCAACUCUUCCAUCUAGUGGAAGGUAAAAGACACAGCAAGCAGGCUAAGAGCCUAACAAAGAAACAGGGUCUAAUCUAAAAGCACAUUUAUGAGCCUCUAUCAAAAUGUUUUUGUUUUUUUUUGUAAUUGUUUUCUGUUGUUGUUUUUGAGUGACUUUAUCUGCCUUCUCAGCAACAGCCUCAGCCCAGCUACGCCACUACAGGGCACAGAAGGAACAGUGAAGGGGGGGGAGGGGGGAGUGAAUAUUCAAAGCCUUGUCUGGUAGUAAAGCUUCUAUUUUUGUAACACGUUUUGGUUUAUAAACUCAUGAAAGAGAAGGAGGGAGAGAAAAAGAUGUCAGGUAGCACUUAACUAUAUUCCCGCAAUAAUUAGACUAGCCGUUGUUUGUAUGAUUAGGGGAGAAACGUAAAAAUGGUAGGACAAGUGCUAUUUUCAGAAUGCUUUGUUGUUGUGUUUCUGUUUUGUUGAGUGUGUCUUUCUUGUCAGUGUGGUAGUAAAGUGGUUUUUGGACAAAAAAAAAGAAAAGAAGAAAAACCUCGUUGUGCCAAACAGUUAGUCGUUGCUUCCGCUUUCCAGUCUACUCGUCUAUUAUGUAGAAUGGAUACCUAAGACAUUCCAGCAAUCUCAGUAGCGACUUGAAAUAUCUUUCAAAAAACAACACAAAAAAAAAAGGAAAAAAAAAAAAAGAUAUCCCUUUAGAAACCCAACAAAGCAUGUUAAUACAUCUGUCACCGACCCCUAACAUAGAGUCUAGUUGUUUUGUCUUUUGUUUUCUGUUCGCACACGAUCAUUCCUCUGCCGUGCAAUUUGUACAAGGCGUUGCUGCCUUGUGCUGUCACCCCUCAGGGAAGAGUUUCUUUUGCGCUUUCUGUUCGAGAGGACAUUUGUUUGUUACUCAUUAGAUUUAAUUUAUGUUGUUUUUGUCAGGGAUGUUCCAUGAGAAAUGGUUGAGGUUUGAGUGUUUUUUUUUUUUUUUUUUUGUAUUGACGUCCUUAUUGGGGACCUCCAGCCACUCAAAGGCCACUGCGGCCCUACGGUCAAGUUCAACAAAAUGUCAUUUCGAACAACACAAACCCCCAUCACAUUUUAAAAAAAAAGCAGUUUUAUCAGCACACAGCAUAUUGUCACACACACACACACACACACACAAAACAAACAGUUUUUGGUUUCAAAUGGUGUCAUCAGGGUCUUUAAAAAAUGAUAACCCUCUUUGUUAGAAAAACCAAAUAUUCUUAUGCAAUACUAAAUCUGUUGUGUUCGGGUUGUAGUAGAUAUGCUGUACCUAAGUAAUAAUCUUUGUUAAGAUCCAAUGCUAUUUGGAUAUGCACAAGCCCAGUACGACUAGUAAACCUCAGUCUCCCAGCUAAACAAACCCAGUCUGGAACUCUGCUAGACAAUCCAGGUUGAGAGGCUCAGUUUGUGGCCCAGGCAAGAGCAAGCGAAGAGGAUGAGGUGUGUAUGCUCAGGGAGGUAACAGAUAGGCCGAAGAAGCAGCUCGCAGAGCACUCGAUCAGAUGAAUUAAUGAGGUCUUUAAAAAAAGUCUCUUCAAAGCACUCAUUUGAUACGAGGAGGUGGCAGAGCACACUGAACACACAGUGCAGCACUUACUGAUCAGGAAAAGGAAAAGAAGGAAGGGAUGGAGAUUUGGCUGAUUUUCUGUUAUUUAUUUGCAAAAAAAAAACAAAAACAAAGUUUGUGUUUGGAAACCUUUAAUUUUUUUGUUUAAAUCAAACAAUUCAGUAUUUUCUCAAACAUGAUUAGCAAAGGUCUACUACCUACACGGUUCCUGUCUCAUGAAAUGAAAACGUUGUGUUCGAUAUAAAACAAGCAAUACGCCUUGUGUUUAAAAAUUACGGGUCUCUACGGUUCAUCCUUUUGAAUUGGCUUUCUUCAUUCAGCUGAUUCAACUUAUUCUCAGUCAAAAGCAUAAAAAGUAAUAAAGCCACUCUGCUCUGUUUUUAAUCUUCUGGUAUGGUUGUAAUAUUUGGCAGGAUAGCAGAAAAUCGCUCCUCAAACAUGUGGAAACUUGUGUCAAACUAUAAACUGCUCCUCCACACGGGCCUGUAAAGUGAUGUCCUUCUGUGUAUUAUCACUUCUUGAUAUCCCGAUUUAAGUAAGGGAUCGAUGCUAAGUGUGCGAUUCAAUCAGUGUAUAGUGUUCAGUCAAAUGUGCUGGUCCUUCUGUCUCUGCUCUGUUGUCUGUUUUGUAAAAAGCAAUAGUGUGUGUGUGAAUGUGUGUAUGUGUUUGUUCUCACAGUGUGUGAAUAAAAAUAAACCCCAGACAAGGCUUUAAUAAUUACAGAGGAACAGGGUUAUGUGGACAAGGAGUGGUCUUGAUUUUAUUUUGGACUUUAAAAAAAAAAAAUUCAAAGGGUUUUUUUUUUUGGAAAAGCUGAGCUCAAUCCAUCCAAACAUGAUAGGUGUAGGUUUCAAAAAAGCGUGACAUACUGCCUUCAACAAUUCACAGGUCUGCAGAAAGCUGUGGGGAAACAUUGACCGGCUCCACAGUGCAAUCACGCUUCACCGUCGGUUUCAGACAGCCAAAUCUUCAGAUGAACGGUAAAUGAAUUCUGGACUGGACUAAAUUGUGAAAAUGAAGUUUUUCUCGACCCUAAAUUGUGGAGAUCAGCGCUAUGUCACGCUUUAAGUUGUGCUGGAGCGUCGGGUGUGUUACCAGGAAUUCUAAGUCAGUCAUCACAUUUGGACAGAACUCAUCCUCCAAAGCACAGCUGAUAAGGAUUUAUGACUUACAAAUACGUUUUAAGAAUAUAGUUUAAAAAAAAAAAAUAAAGAAAAAAGAAAAGAUGAAAAGCAACUUCUAGCCAUAAUCGAAUGUCAAGCAAUAAUAUAUGUCUGUGUAUUCUUUUCUUUUAUCGGAUUCUUUUGUGCAUAAUAGUCUCUGAACAUCUGCAUGUAAAUACACCUCUUAUUUAUCACUUUUUUUUCUUUUUUUUUUCUUUUGUUGUGUCGAUUCUUCCGUGGAUUGUUUUUACGUUUCAUCUGUAUAUUUGACCAGUUCUGUUCCCGGGUGGAGAACCAAGAACUCGAUGGCCUGUAUGAUGUAUAUCUUAUUUUCUCUCUCUCUCUCUCUCUCUUUCUCUCUCCCUCAUUCGCGGCUGUUUAUUCACCAUAUUUAAUGUUAUAAUUGAUCACGUGUAUAAAGGUAGCUUUGUAAUUUCUGUCUGUAUAGGUAAGAGGAAAAUACUGCUACUAAGGCCUACCCAGUGAAGAUAUUUAUCUGUUUAUCGAUUACACCUUAUUGUACGAUAACUCGGUUUCUAGUUUGCUUCCCUCUUUUAGGAUUAGUUUGGUAGAAAUAGGGUAUGCUGACAUUUAUUUUGUGUUGCCCUGAUGUGUGGUGCUAGGUAAGUUAAUUUUGUGAACAAAGUAUUGAUUCCUAAGCCUAGCCGCCCUAUUAGUUCAUUCAUUUCAUUGCAUAUUAAUGUAUUAUUGAUAUUAGGACUCAAUAAAUAAUAAUGAUAAUGAAAAUGAUAGUGGUAAAAAUGUACCCGGCCAGUACCUGUAUCAGUGUGCUCGUCUCGGGAUAAGGCACUUAUUUCCUUCUGACUUAUAGCAAAGCUAGUAUCUGCUAAUUAACAAACUAUUUAAGGUUGCUUUUUCGGGUUUUUGGAGAAAUGCUAAUAUUCAAACUGAAACAGCAGUAUUGUGUUUUUCUUUGUCUGAUUGUAUAAAAACCACUCACUGAGGCUAUAGUUUGUCAGGUUUUUAAGAUACUUAAUAUUUACCUCUUGUGUCUGCAUAGUUCUUCACCUGAUGCAGGAAAGUGGUGCUUUGAUUUGAUGAAACAGAGCCUCGCUAUAUGCUUUUGUUAACCCCCCCCCCCCCCCCCCCCCCCUCCCGUUUUAGACUAUCCUGAAAGUGGUUUCCUCAUAAACCUUCUUUUUUUUUUUUGCACCACAUGAAGUGUUACAAAUGUCUAUGACAGAAUUGCCAUUUGAGGACAAAGUUGACCUUUUCUCUCCACUCUGUAGCAAAUAUCAGUGAGAAUAUGCUUGCAAUAAUCUACAACGUAUCACACUGAGUGCCUCUCGGUGUAACAAGAUGCAUACAUGGUUCUGAUUGUCUUCUUUCUUUCUUUUUUUUUUUUCUUCGUGGUUUUUCCAGACGUGUUCUGAAGUGACAAUGUAUUUUGUACAUGAGGAGGAUAAAUUCUCACUCGCAGGCUUUUUUUCAGAUUCUUUCUUUUUAUGUGAUGUUGAUCAUUUUCACGUGGGUUAAUGCGUCAAUGUUUUUGAUGGUCCGUUUCCAGUGUACAUGUCACCCCUCACCUUAUUUGAUGAACAUUAACUGGGAAGAAGUUUAUUUCAUGUCCAACUUUUGAGUCCAAUAAAUGUUUGCAGAUAAUAUGACAAGAAAAAUACACCUGCACUUUUUUUGAUCAGGCAAAAACUUACAGGCAAUCCACAUUUCUGUUAAGUUUUUAUUUUCUUCUUAUUGCAUCAAAGAACAGAUUUAUUGACGCAUUGUAUAUCAAGUAUUUGUAUGUGUUUGUAAAAGAUGCAAACAACACAUCUGGAUUUCUUUGGUGUUCUGUGUUCAGUGUACGCUCAGUCAGUCGGGGUAACUUAACAUGAAGGGUGGGUGGAGCAGGGGCGGAUUCUUCUUUUUUUUUUUUCAUGCAAAUGCCGUUCCAUUUAUGGGAAAAGCCCCUAAACUCUGUGUGGUUGUCACAAUUUCUAAGUCACACGUUUGCUACUGAUGUUAUAAUGGGGACAGAUGAUCAUGUACCUUUUUAUCCAGCUCUUUUGAACUCCUUUUAGCAGGUAGUCUAUUCACAAACGUAGUUUUGCUCCUUCUUGUCUGAUUCUUAAAUAUGAAAAUAAGUAUUUUGAUUCAUUUUGUAAAUACAGCUGUAAAGAAAAAUAAGAAAUUUAAUGUUGUCUUUUAAAUACUUUUCAUUCUAAUAUGAAUGUUGUUAUAUUGUACUUAGAAACUGUACCUUUAAUAUUACCUUUAUUAAAAGUGCAUUGGACACAUCGAUUUUAGAUGUGCUUUAUGUGCUGUUAUCCCAUAAUAAAAUUUACCGCUUGUAAUGGG